AUGGAACCUCCGCAAAACUUCCCGUUGCAAAGAACAUCUGCGGAUGCAUUUCGCAAUAAUUCAUCAAGCACCUUCAAUGGCGCCGGCAUUUCGAACCCGAAUGGCACAUUUGUCGUGGGGGGCGACAUGAAUAUCCUCUCAAAUGCCGCCCCACAGCCAACCGAUCCAGAAAAAGAAAAGCAAGAGAAGAGACAGAAACUCCUCGAGUCCUUGCGAUUCGACCAGAUUGAUGCACGACAAGACAGCAUCGAAAAUUCCCAUGCCAAGACGUGUCGCUGGUUCCUGGACACCGAUGUAUACAAGAUGUGGGCAGAAACGGGCUCAUCUCACGCCAACAACUUUCUAUGGAUCAAGGGCAAGCCAGGAGCUGGGAAGUCAACGCUCAUGAAGUUUCUGUACGAUCAGAUUCGCGCCCAAACACACCGAAAGAAAUGCAAUGACAUCUUAAUUUCCUUCUUCUUCAACGCCCGGGGCCACGGAUUGGAAAAGUCAACUCUCGGUCUGUAUCGCUCGUUGCUAUGGCAGCUACUUGACAAAAGGCCUGAUUUGCAGCAAGUCUUGGACGAAUUGCGGCCAGGCUUCCAUUGGACCUCUGAGUCUCUCAAGUCUCGGCUUGAUGAAGCUAUACAAAAGUUGGGGGGAACCCCCAUUUUCUUUUUGAUUGAUGCGCUGGACGAGUGCGACCAAGACCAGAUACGCGAUAUGGUCCCAUUCCUGGAGGCUCUCGUCGUCGAGCAGAGCUCACUGCACGUCUGCUUCGCCAGUAGACAUUACCCUCAUAUUACUGUUCAGACAGCCCUUGAUAUCAUUCUCGAAGAACGCGACGGCCAUGAGCAGGAUAUCUCGACGUACCUGACCAGUGCGCUGCGGAUCAAGCCCAACGAGCUUGCCGAACAGUUACGUACGGAGAUACAAGAGAAAGCGCACGGUGUUUUCAUUUGGGUUGUACUUGUGGUGAAGAUUCUGAACAAAGAGUACGAUGCUGGGCGCAAGUAUAGCCUUCGAGAACGGCUACAAGAGCUCCCUAGUGAUCUUCACCACCUAUUCCGAGAUAUUUUGACCCGUGAUAGCAACAACCGAGCAGGUCUUCUUCUGUGUAUCCAAUGGGUCUUGUUCGCCAAGGAACCGCUCACCCCACGACAGUUACACCUCGCGAUUUUGUCCGGCACGGAGCCGGAAUUUCUCCCUCGCUGCCACUCCGAACUCAUUUUGGAAGACGACGUGCAAAAAUACAUCUUAGACAACUCAAAGGGGCUUGCUGAGUCAACUCGAUCCGAGGUUCCGACGGUCCAGUUCAUUCAUGAAUCGGUUAGAGACUUUUUGCUCAAAGGGAAGGGCCUCGGUGAAUUGUUCAAUGGCCCUGAGCCAAAUAUCCACGGGGAAAGCCACGAAGCGCUUAAGAACUGUUGUCUAACAUACUUGGGCAUGGAACCACUUGUUGAACUCGACAAAUACUCUUGUAGCGAAGCCCUUCAGGCAUUUCCAUUUCUAGAGUAUGCUCAUUCCAGAGUCCUACACCAUGCUGACAAAGCCGGGCAAAAUGGCAUCGGUCAGGAACAGUUCCUUUCCAUCUUCUCACGGAGACAAUGGGUGAAACAGCACAAUCUUCUAGAAAAGGCUGGGUUGCGCCGAUACACACCCAACGCGAGUCUCCUGUACAUCUUGGCGGAAUCGGGUCUGUCAGAACUGAUUCGUGCCCACUCAUGCCGCCAGUCUUGUUUCGAGAUUGAGGGCGAGCGCUAUAGGGUACCGAUUCUGGCGGCACAAGCUUCGAGUCAUGAGAUAGCUGUGCAGGUGAUGCUCGAGCUCCAAGCUGAACGAAUUCCGGGUUUUGAUUUUGCGGACUUCUGCAAACGGUUUAAAUUAGCUGGAAGACCAAAGUCACUUCGUUUGAGUCGAUCUUACGAAUUUUCGCAAGGACGGAAGUUACUUGAGGAGCUCAUCGAAUACGCAGACAACCAAGUUUUACUAUUCUUCCUUGAAACAACAGGGGAAUACUCACAGUACACUGCCUCAACGCCAGACGAACUAUUUCUUCUCGCUUGUGCACAUCAAAAAUUCGAUUCAGCCAAGUUCCUUGUUCAGCAUUGCGCCAGUCGAACGAAUGCUGGUGGUGUAAAUACGCCAUUGCACCACGCUUUAGCACAUAGAGCUCUCGAAAUGAUCGUAUUCCUUGCCUAUCGUGGGAUUGGCCUAUCGGCUACCGACAAGUAUGGCGAUACACCAAUUCACAUAGCUAUUGAAAACGAUUACUUUGAAGUGGUCCAGCUGCUUCUUCAAAAUGGUGCUGAUCCAUCGGUUGCCGGCAAUAAUGGCAAUACACCCCGUCACUUGGAAAUAGCUAAGCUGCUUCUUGAAUACGGUGCUGAUUUAUCGGCUGCUAAUGAAGACGGCAAUACACCAUUGCACCGAGCUAUUUCUAAAGGUGACUUUGAAAUGGCUAGGCUGUUUCUUGAUCGUGGUGCUGAUUUCUCGGCUCCCAGCAAGUACGGCAAUACACCAUUGCACCAAGCUGUUUAUAGCGGUCACUUUGAAAUGGCUAAGCUGCUUCUUGAUCUUGGUGCUGAUAUAUCGGCUGCUAUCGAUAAUGGCAAUACACCAUUGCACCAAGCUGCUUAUAGCGGUCACUUUGAAAUGGCUAAGUUGCUUCUUGGUUAUGGUGCCAACAUAUCGGCUACCAACAAACAGGGAGAGACUCCAUUACAUCGAGCAUGCUAUAACGCCUGCGGCCAUAAUCAUACAAAAAUCGCCGGGCUACUCAUCGACCAUGGUGCCGAUCCAUCAGCCACUACUGGUAAUGGAGAAACACCAUUACAUCACCUUGUGGAUUCACAUUUGUUUGGGUACAUGAAAGAGCGUCUGGAAACUGCAAAGCUUCUUGUAGACUCUGGUGUUGAUGUUUCAGCUCCAGACAAUAAUGGACGGACACCUCUACAUUUGACUUUGAACCGAGGCUUGACGGAUAUAUCUGACUUCCUUCAAUCAUGUGGCUCUGAGUCGUCUGCUGCUGAUCGUCGGUAUUAA